GAUCCUGCUGGGUGAUCCCAACUUCCGGUGAAAGAGGAGAAGCGUCUCACACGAUUACUCUAACAAGGCCUAUCGUUACUCACCCGUAGGUAGUUGAACGGGGUAUCGGUUGUAGCCAUGGACCUGUGAUCGCCAACAAGUCAGCUAAUUAACUUUUUAAGAAAGUAGAAGACGUCACCAUAGACGCCGCUUUGACUAAACGUCGCCAGAGCCACAGGUUUGAACGUUACCCCGCUACUGCCAGCUAGUUAGCCAGCUAAAGACGCAGCUAACGUUAGCUUUUCGCCAACCAAGCGCCUCUAAAUUAAGUCCUGGUGUCUAUUUCAAGAUGUCAACUGCGGGAUUUAACUCUCAGAAUGGGACAGGGGCAGGACAGGCAUAUGCGAACGGUCCGUCACAGAAUCCAGUUGGCCUGCAGCAGCUGCCAGGGGUCAGCUAUGGCAUGACUCACCAACCAACCUACAAUCCAAUGCAGGGCAAAGGUCCCGCACCCCCCGGCACUGGACUCCCCUCUGGGCCAUACCAACCUGUUCAUCCAGUUAGCUCAUACCAGCCUGGCCCACCACUCAGUUCCUACCGAGCUCCUUCAGGCCAGUCACUGUUGAGCAGGCCUCUAAUGGGAGGCCCUCCAUCCCAUACCCCUCCUCAGUCUGCCAGCCCUGGUCCUAGGCUGCCCCAUGUACAGGCCACACCUCCCCCUCCUGCUGUGUCUUCUAGUAGCUACUACCCAAACCCCCGGCAGCCGCAGCCCAUGGCUCCAGCAUGGCACUACAACACAGCUCCCCCACCAAUGGGGCAACCCACUUCCAUGAGCAUACCUCCCCACGGCCCCGUGCCUAACCACGUAAACCCAGCUGCAAGCUCGACACAGUCAUCGGCACCUUACAGCCCUGCACCACCAGCCCAUGUGUCCCAUAGUGUCACCCAGCCCCCAGGCCCAGGGAUGCCCCACACCUCUCUACACGGAUAUACCCAGCCAGGCCCUGCACCUCCACCAAUGACUCCCAUGGCUCCACACACAUACCAGGCAAGCAGAGCACCCUAUGGCCCCCCACCUACAGGCCCACCGCCAACCAUGAAACCCACACCGCCUCCUACUGGAAACCUAAUGGCCAAUGCCACACCUCCACCCCCCAAGGCAGAUGGAACUAUGGCUGGCAAUGGCCCACAAGCACCAAACAGCUAUAAUCAUGUUGACAACAAAAUGGCUGGCCUGCCCCAGUCCGGACAACCUGGUCGGCACUUGGGCCACUACCCCCCUUCCUUCCCCUGGGUACCAGAACACCUUCGGCUGCCCAGAACGCUGGCCCCCAUGCACCCUGCGAUUCAUGCCGCCACGGUUUACACUCAAGCACCUCAGACAUACCAGCAGCCACCUGGUGGCCCAGGACCAGCCCAAACUGAGCCCGCCUCCGCAGCUUUGAGCCUCCAGUCCAGCACCCCAGAGGCCCUGCGAGUGGUCAACCUGCUGCAUGAGAGGAACCUGCUGCCACCAAGCCCGAUGCGCGCCCCAACACCCUGUCUCCCACAGGACCUGCAGAAGAUCAACUGUAACCCAGAGGUUUUUCGUGUAAUGUGGACCAGCAUCCCUCAGACUCAGUCACUGCUCAAUAAAGCCAAGAUGCCACUGGGCCUGCUGCGCACCCCCUUUCAAAGACCUUUCGGUAACACCUCACAGCUUCCUGUGGUGACAUCCAGCACCAUCGUCCGGUGUCGGUCCUGCAGAACCUACAUCAAUCCCUUCGUCUCUUUCCUGGACCAGAGGAGGUGGAAGUGCAACCUGUGCUAUCGGGUCAAUGAUGUUCCAGAGGAGUUUAUGUACAACCCAGUCAGCAGAUCGUACGGAGAGCCACACAAAAGACCCGAGGUCCAGAACGCCACCAUCGAAUUCAUUGCUCCUUCAGAAUACAUGCUGAGGCCACCACAGCCUGCUGUUUACCUCUUCAUUCUUGAUGUAUCCCACAAUGCAGUGGAAACAGGCUACCUAAGUGUGUUCUGCCAGUCACUGUUGGACAACAUCAAUGCGCUUCCUGGAGACUCUCGGACAAAGGUAGGCUUCAUCACCUUUGACAGCACCAUCCACUUCUACAACCUCCAGGAGGGACUUUCUCAGCCCCAGAUGCUCAUCGUGUCUGACAUCGAAGAUAUCUUUUUACCAACACCAGACAGCCUUUUAGUAAACCUCAAUGAAUGCAAAGAGCUUGUGCAGGAUCUGCUGAAGAGCCUGCCAAAUCUAUUUGAAAAGACCAUGGAGACCCAGUCUGCUCUGGGUUCAGCUCUGCAAGCAGCCUUCAAGCUGCUGUCACCUACCGGAGGGCGCAUGUCUAUCUUUCAGACCCAGCUGCCUAACCUUGGUGUGGGGGCACUCCAGUCCAGAGAAGACCCCAACCAGCGGGCAUCUGCCAAGGACAUCCAGCACUUAUCCCCAGCGACAGACUUCUACAAGAAGCUGGCUCUGGACUGCUCCGGCCAGCAGGUGGCGGUUGACCUGUUCCUGCUCAGCUCUCAGUACUGCGACCUGGCAUCGCUCGGCUGCAUAUCCAGAUACUCGGCAGGGAGCGUUUACUACUACCCCUCCUACCACCACCAGCACAACCCUGCUCAGGUGGAGUGCUUCCAGAAGGAUCUGAAGAGAUACUUAACCAGGAAGAUCGGCUUUGAGGCCGUCAUGAGGAUACGCUGCACCAAAGGUCUGUCCAUCCACACGUUCCACGGAAACUUCUUUGUGCGCUCCACAGAUCUGCUGUCCCUUCCCAACGUGAACCCAGACGCUGGCUUUGCAGUUCAGAUGUCCAUUGAGGAAAACCUGGACGACAUGCAAGUCGUCUCUUUCCAGGCUGCGCUGCUUUACACGUCCAGCAAAGGAGAGAGGAGGAUCCGUGUCCACACCUUGUGUCUCCCUGUGGUCAAUUCUCUGGCAGACAUCUUUGCUGGGGCUGAUGUUCAAGCGAUCACUGGACUGCUGGCUUGUAUGGCUGUGGACCGCUCGGCGACAGCAAGUCUGAGUGACGCCAGAGAUGCAAUGACCAAUGCUGCCAUUGACUCGCUGACGUCGUACCGGCAGUCUGUGUUGACCAUCCAGCAGCCCGGCCUGCUGGCCCCGGCCUGCCUCAGACUCUUCCCCCUCUUCAUCCUUGCUCUGCUCAAACAGAAAGCCUUCAGGACGGGCACCAGCACCAGGCUGGAUGACCGGCUGUUUGCCAUGUGUCAGCUGAAGUACCAGCCACUGGUCUACGCAUUACUCAUGAUCCACCCCGCUCUGUACCGUGUCGACGAUCUGACCGAUGAGGGAGCUUUGAACGUCAAUGAUCGAACCAUCCCUCAGCCCAAAGUGCUGCAGCUGUCUGUGGAGAAGCUCAGCAGGGAGGCAGCCUUCCUCAUGGAUGCUGGAACGGUCAUGUAUCUGUGGAUCGGACGGAACUGCCACCCCAACUUCCUCACUCAAGUCCUGGGAGUUCCCAACUACGCUGCCGUGCCUGAUAACCUGUAUCUGCUCCCAGAGCUAGACACUGCCGAGUCGCAGAGAACCAGGGCUUUCAUCGGUUGGCUGAGGGAUCAGAGGCCGUUCUUUCCCUCACUGCACGUCAUCAGGGACGAGAGCCAGCUGAAACCCACCUUUAUGCAGAACAUGAUCGAGGACCGAACAGAGUCGGCCCUGUCGUACUACGAGUUCCUGCUCCACCUCCAACAGCAAAUCUCCAAAUAAUCUUCAGUGGGAAUGUGGAGACGAGGGAACAGUUGUGUGUGUGUGUGUGUGUGUGUGUGUGUGUGUGUGUGUGUGUGUGUGUGUGUGUGUGUGUGUGGUGUGUGUGUGCUCUUGCUCCAUCUCCAGCUGUGGUCCACUAUCUCUCUGAAGAUACGCUGAACUGACAAAUUUAAACUAUGUGACGGACAGUGUGACAAAGAAAUCGAUUCUGAUGCUUUUUUGGCACUUUUUACCGAGCUGAAGCAUUGCGUUGGAAGAUAGAACAAAAGCAAGAAAUCCAUGAUGGUGAUUAUGUCAAUGAUCGAAUGAAUCAGUGUUUAUUCUCAUAGAACAAUGCUGUCUAACUGAGGUAUCGUUCAGAUACAGUCUAGGCAAAUGGAUGUGUGAAAUGUUUUUGUUCAAAAAGCACAGUCGUCUUUACUAAAACAAGUCAACCGUGUGUGUGUGUGUAUGUGUGUAUGCCUUAGACUAGGUUUAUGAGGAAGGUUAAUAUGUUUGCGCUCAGACUGUUAUGGAGUGUCACCAGGAGUAUUUGUACACAGAAUAUCCUAUCUGAAGGACAGAACGUGUGCGUUUUUAUUUUUCUGUCAUUAUAAUUGUGUGUCGAACAAAUUAGUAGACUCUGUUGUAAAAGGCAGGAAAGUUAAAGGGGUUUUAAAGGCGGACUGACCUAGCAAUCGUCGCUGCCUUGAAUGUGUGGACUCGGCAGUGGAAAGUCAUUUUCAUUGGUCUGAUCUGUCCUUCAGAAAAUCUGUCAUCCCUUUUCUCUCUGGACAUUCAGAACACCUCCGACGACAUCGCUGUUCUCUUUUUUUAUUUCUUUUUUGUUUCCGAUUAUCUAAUAAUUUAUGAGACUCCCAAUCUGAUUAAAUUCUAUAUUUGCCUUGUAUGGGAAGUCACUUUUUAUUAUUAAACCUCUGUUUGUUUAAAUACAGACUCUAUAUAUGAAAUAUUUUAAUAUAAUAGGAUAUGGGAAAUUCUUUAACACACAUAACAAAGCCAUUGUGAUCUUUUAAUCAUGCUUAUUGAUACUUGUAUAUUGAAAAAAAGACCAUUAUAUAAAAGGUGAAGAAAUGCUGAUGAUUUCAGUAGAAAAAUUUAGGUGAAAUGACGCUAAGGAAAUAAAAUGUUUGGGACUUUUUAAAUGUGGUUUUGUGUUUUGGUGGGUGAACCGUGUUUAUUCAGUGGAAGCAAAGACUACAACACAGAAUAUGGACCAAUAAUAGUCAAUUUUUUUGUUUUGACUGAGCGUGAAUUGAAGUUUUUUUUGAUUUGGUCUGAUUUCAUACAGUUUGUAAUCUAUGUAUUAUAUAAGCAAAAAUGUAUUUAGGAACAGAUGUUUUGGUCUUUAUGCACAAAAUUGUCUUUCAUAAAAAACUGAUGAAAAUAAAAAUAGCUUGUUUGUACAGAGUAAAUUACAGAGGUGUGGACUUAAAAAAUGAUGUUAUAAAAACAUUUGCUGGAGAUCAACUCGUCCCUUCCCUGACAAAAGAUUAGCUUUGAAUCAAUUCGACAGUCAAUCACUUUGCGUGAGCUGAAUGGAAAGGUACCCUGUAUCUAACGCAUGUAAUUGUGUCACAGGAAUAACAGACCAAGACACACCUCAUCAUUUUUGCAUUGAAAGCAAUAAAUACAAAUUUUACACAACA